AGACACACAGCAGAGCACAUGCGGGUGGAGGGAGACGAGAGGGAAUGAGGAGGAGGAAAAAGCCGAGCGAGAGAGAGGAGAGUGCGAUGAAGACGGUGAGAAAAUGAGCGCUAGCAGUCAGAAAGUGGAGAUUUCUUAAAGUGUUCCGUUAUUAAAUCCAUAGAAAUGAUAAAUAUUUGAUAUAUAGCUUUUUUUUACAUUAGUAAAUUAUUUUACAUAUAGUUUAGCAUUAUUUUGGUUAUAAAUGUACUCUACGCAACAGAAAAUCUGAGGAGCCACUUGGGAGCCAAAAGAACCGGCUCUCUAGAAAGAGCCGGAAUUCCCAUCACUAUGGACAGCACCGUGCACUCCGGUCCAGUAGGUGGCGAUGACGCACCUUUACAUUGGUUCUCAGUGGGAGGCUGGUAGACAGCAACAUUAAAUCGACUUCAUUAGGCUUGAUUCCGACCGGUACCGGUUAAGAUGCCGGUGUCAGAGACGGAUGGGAGCCUGAGGGAGCGAUGUUUCCAGGCUGUCGGGAGGCAUUUCGCCGCUUUGGGGACAGAGGCGGUUCUCGCUCUUCCGUCACGUCUCAUCUCGGACCUCCUGCCCUACCUGACCGUGUGUCAGCUGGACCAGGUGCAGCCGGUCCUGAACCGGAGAGGUACGGUCCGUCCACACGAACGGUCUCCGAGCUGGGAAAGUCUCGUUCACCGUCAAGUGUUUUGUGUUUUAGGGAUUUCCACCUUCCCUGGUUGGUUUAAGAUCUUGCAAGAUUUGUCCGGCUUCACUACGGCACUAAAGUUCAACACAGAAGAAAAGGCGAAGCAGGAAGUGAUGAGAUUUCUUUUUAUACUCGUGUUUUAUGGCUUUAGAAACCGCUACAUCACGAGACACGGCACACAUUUGAAGAGCAGGUCUUUCUUGUUGGCUGCUGCUAGUUGCAUCGAAGAGGUUUUAGUCCUGGAUAUUACCAACAGGUGCCUUAAUUCUUUAACUUGCGAUCAGAGAGCUCUUAUAACUCUGUUGGAGAAGAAUGUUAGGAGGGUCGGUUGCUCUUUGGCGGACCUGGCAGGGACAGAGGCACCGGCUGUACUGUACACCCUCCAUCGGCUGUUCGACCAUGGGGCAGCUACAAAGCUUUGCAUGAAUAUGGACUCUCCCACUGUGCUGGCCUGGCUCCUACAUGGACGGGGAACCCAGUAUGUCAACCCAAAGAUGAAGAAGCCAAACCAGAUCUGUUGCACUUCAGAAACAUCUUCAGCCAAUGAACAAGUAGCCAGUCUCCAUCCUCAUACAGAGGCUUCAGAUGCUGAAGAGGAUCACCGUACUCCAAGCAAACGCCCCAGGUUGGACAACAUGGUACUGGGGGAUUCUGGAGACUUGGUCUUUACUGUGGAUCCACGUGUUCUCUGUCAGACCUUUGGUUGCUCUGCUGCUCCUUCAGCUGAAGUCUGUUCCAGGGGUCAGAUUGAAUGUCUGGAGAUCAGAUCUUGUACACCUGAUUCCCUCAAAGUCCUGAGUCCAGCUCUACCCACAUUUUUCUGCCUUCGCUCUCUAACUCUUCUGAACUCCUCUAUAUUAAAAGAGAAUGAUGUGUUGGAUGUGGCGGCAGCCCUGAAGAAGCUCUCUGACAGCUCCUGCAGCAGCCUUACUGAGCUGAGCAUCGGUGUCCUGCCAUCCAUCGAGCUAAUGAUUAAUAUAGUGGAAUCCUUCCCCAGACUGACGUCCCUCAGCGUGGAGAUCCAAAAGGCCUUCUGGCUACCACCAGACAUCUUUCAUCCUCCCUUGUCUGCUGAGUCAGAGCUGCCUUUGGAGAAGCUAACAGUCAAGAUAAGUGACGACCAGACAGAUGUCCGCUUCAUCACGUCUCUGUUGAGUCGCUCCCCACAUCUCACCGUGCUUCACGUAGUUGGAUUGAGACCUACUGGUUCCACUCAAAGACAGCUCCUCUCUGCGAUCUCAGAGUCAAAUCGCCACUUACGGUUCCUCGACUUUGAGGACAUGAAACUGUGUGGCUGUCUCCCUGAGAUCCUAAACCUACUGAGAGCCUGCAAGCUGGAAGAGCUGCGGCUGGGUGACUGUCGUCUUCUUGAGAACUGCGUUAACCAAGAAGAGAGUGUGCAGCAACUGGUGGCUGCUUUGAAGAUGGUGCCUUCUCUCUGCAAACUAAGUCUGGCACAAAAUCGCCUUUCCAAAAGUGUGUGUGUUCUGGCACACCUGUUUUCUGGAUCCUCCCAGAGCCCAAUAAAGCAUCUGGAUAUCAGCUCCAACUUCAUCCUGCCUGCUGAUAUGCUGGAGUUUGCUAAGAGACUGAGAAGUCUGUCCCCCCUGCAGGGACUGACUCUUGACCUCAGGAAGAACCCAGCUGAUCGAGACCUUGACACAUGGAACAAAGCACUGCAGAGGCUCCGUCCUUUCAGGCUUAUUCUAGACAAUGGGUGGAAGUCCACUGACACAAUGCUGGACCAUGUGAGCAAUAUGUGAAACCUAAAGACUUGACCAUGACGACAGGCUGACCAGACCUAGGAUUGAUUUAGUUUUGUCUGGGACAGUUCACGUUGAUUCGGUUACCAAGUCUAGUUGGAUUAGUUUGGACCUGAAGACAAAAAAGCCUGAUGGGAGGUUGUUCUGCUUAUUAAUUAGUCAGAUUUUUGUUUUAUUGUCCAGUUCAGGUUGUUGUCCUCUGGCUCUGCCAAGGAAAUAAAAGAUCAGUCAGUUUGA